UAUGCCUGAUGAAUCUAAUUGAACCUAGAACUAUUUCAAACUAGUUUCAAUGGAUUCCACACGACUUUCCCUACGUCCAUUCAAGCUCUCUGAUGUUGAUGACUUCCUGAAAUGGGCUAGUGAUGAUAGAGUAACGCGGUAUCUUAGAUGGGACUCCAUUACCUCAGGGGAAGAAGCAUUGACAUAUCUUGAGAAGGUUGCCAUACCCCAUCCUUGGCGUCGGUCCAUAUGUUUGGAUGAUCGUUCAAUUGGCUACGUUUCAAUUAGGCCAGAAUCCCGCGAUGACAGAUGCAGAGCACACAUUAGUUAUGCUGUGGGCACAGAUUACUGGGGGCAAGGGAUAGUCACCACUGCAUUGAAGAUAGCCGUCUCUAAGGUGUUCAAAGAGUUCCCAGAUUUGGUGAGGAUAGAGGCAAUGGUAGAGGUAGAAAAUAAGGGGUCUCAAAAGGUGUUAGAAAAGGUUGGAUUUCUUAAAGAAGGGUUGUUAAGAAAGUACGGAUUUUGUAAAGGAGAGAUCAGAGACAUGUUUAUCUAUAGCUUCUUAGUGACAGAUAGUUUGUUGUGAGUGAUAUUAAUUAUAAGCUGUGCCUUUAGUCUUACAAUCUUCUUCUUUCAAUUUUUGUUUUCCCAUGUCUUUUGAGUUAUGAACUAUUGGAGCUAGAUUUUAAAUGUUUGGUAAGGUUAGGCCCUCCAUUUAUACUGAACUUGCAAAAGCUAGAAGUUGAUUACAUUUCCCAGCUGGAAA